AUAAUUAAACACACGGUGACAUAUCGUCAUUCCAUUUAUAAAGAGAGCCAGAGAGCAAGAUUACACGCCACUUGUCCUGGAAACUGCCGCCCCAUCGGAGCUCAGUCGGUUAAUGAACAUGUCUUAUUGGAUCCGUGUGGUCGGUGCGUUGGUGUUUUGCGCAUUUUACUUAAGCGCGGCAGUUACAGUAACUCAACCGCCUUCGAUGUCCACCUCUACGGGACAGGAAAUACAAAUAUCCUGCACCAUAUCGGGUUCCAGUACAGGCGCUAAGUUAGUCUCGUGGUACCAACAGAUUCCUGGCAAAACUCCCAAGUAUCUAUUCUACCAUUCUAGCAGCGGCACCAUUUAUAAAGGCACGGACAUUCCAGACCGUUUUUCCAUCUCGGAGUCAGGCAGCUCUGUAAUAUUCGCAAUAUCUAGCGUUCAAUCGGUGGAUGCCGCUGACUAUUACUGUGCCAAAUGGGAUAAUGGUUUACAUUUCGGUAAAGGAACGAGGCUGGGCAUUGGCGAUCCUCGGGCACCGAUCGUGACGGUCCUGCCGCCUUCAGCCGAUGAAGUUACCUCAAAGGGCACCGCCACCCUGGUGUGUUUGGUGAACGGCUUUAUUCCGGGCUCAGUGGCCGUUGCAUGGAGCGUCGACGGCAGCGCAAAAAAUAGCUGCGUUGAGACCAGCCCGAUCCAGCAGGAUAAGGACAACACGUUCAGUCUCAGCAGUUACCUGACUAUGACAGCCUCAGACUGGAACUUACACGAGCUUUACUCCUGUGUGGUUAAACACCAGAGUCAGGCAAACCCACUUAAGACAAAUAUCGUGAGAUCCAGCUGUAUCUGA